UUGUCAUUCUAAAUUAUGAUAUCUGUGGUCUUUAUUUUUUUUCGCUACAGGGAUUUAAUCUAAGAGUAAAUCAAUAAACAUUGAAAUGAUUUGCUCAGACUUUUUAGAGUUUCAGGAUGUAUUGAAAAAGAUGCGAGUACUAGAUGACAAAAUAGUAUACGCAUUAAAUACAUCAUUACCCACAGAAUCAUUCAAAAGUAAAGUGGAUGCCUCAUCGGCUUGCCAAAGUUUAUUCGACCAGAUACAAAAAGGCCAUAGUGAAAGAGAAAAUGUUAUAAAAAAUUGUAUCAUUGCAACAGCUGAAUCUGUAAAAAAAUUAAAAGCUGCUAAAGAGAGCGCUCCUAACGAUUUCGAUAUUAUUAAAAAUCUUAAAAGUGAACAAAGGAAAUUACGCCUUUUACAAACUGAAUUAAGUGUGGAAGAAGUGAUUCAAGAAAAAACAACUAAGUUAUUUACAGAGAAAUGCAGAAGUUAUUAUAAACCAGCAACAUUAUGAAGACUGAUUAUAAUGCAUUUGAAUGAUGGAUUUUGUGUACAUAACUAUAUAAAUAGAUUUUAGUUGCCA